AUGCUCCCAUCAAUCCCAAACCUCCUCGCCAUCACCGCCCUUCUAACCCCUAUCGCCAUAGCAGACUGCACACGAGCCGGCCUCCCCACCACCGCAACCACCUACUUCACCGCACAAACCAACGGCCAACCCUCCACCCUCGCCCUCAACACCCUAAACUUCGCCUACAAAGAGAACAACAAAAUCACCGACAUAAACAAGGGUGUUCUCUCUCAGCACCUCAACCUCGAGCUCAACCGCACCACAGCAGAUACAGUGACUUGCGCCAGCUACACCCUCUCCAUCUAUCCCUCCAAAAACGGCUCAAAGCCCUACGUCCUAGCAACCCAGAUCCGCCACCCCGUGAACGACACCAGUGUGAUUUCCAUGAUCGAUACCGUAGCCGCGACGACAGGCGCGUUAUUCUUCGACGCCGCACAGAAAUUGAUGUAUCUCCCAGCCGAGAACUGGACGGCGCUUGAGAUAGGGAAGAGACCGAGCAGGGAGAUGCUAAGGAGAGUCGGGGAUGCGUAUUUAGAUAUGUGGACGGAUGGGAAGGCCGCGGAUUUGAUACCUUGGGGCACGAAUUGUGAACAGAUUGAAGGAUCGCGGUUGACGAGGCCGUGUGGGGGGGCGUUGACGCAUGGGGGGAGUGCGAAGGUGAAUGGGAAUAGGAGGUAUGUGAUUGAUGAGACGGUUAGGUCGGUGGAGGUGCUGUGUUCUUUUGAUAGUUUGGAUCUGGAUAUGCCUGAUAGUCAUGAGAUUAGGGUUGAGGAUGGGAAAGUGAAGUAUGUUCAUACUGUUACUGUCUAUGGAAGUCGUUAG